AUGGCGACAACACUGUACCGAACCCUCACCGGCCAGUCGCAAAAGUCGCAUCACUCCGAGACGUCGCAUGUGUCGUCAAAGCCGGCAGCGUCGCUCCAGAAGACCACCACCACAGAUCCCUACUCUGGGGUACUGAACCAUCUCACCGAACCGCAAAUACAGAAGCUCGUCGACUUCAAGGAGAGACUUGAAAAGGACGGCUGGUGGUCUCCAGAUGGCGUCAAUGGCAAGCCAACCCACGACGAUGGCACCUUGCUACGCUAUCUUCGUGCCCGCAAGUUUGACGUCAACGGCGCCAUUGGCCAAUUCACCGAUACCGAGAAGUGGAUGAAGGAGCAAAGAGUCGAGGAACUGUACGAGAACUUCGAUGUUGAGCACUAUGAAAGGGCCAGGCUGAUGUACCCACAAUGGACUGGCCAUCGAGACAAGCGCGGCAUUCCCAUCUACCUCUUCGUCAUCAAACACCUCGACAGCAAAGCCGUCAGCAAAUACCAGAAGGACGCGCAGAAGUACAAAGACAGUCUGGCACACCACAAGAAGCUGCAGACCCCGGCCAAAUUGCUCCCUCUGUUCGCCUUAUACCACAACCUCCUCAACUUCGUCCUCCCGUUUGUUUCAACCCUCGAGCGCCCGAAUCCUGAGAUACCCGUAACGAAUUCCACAAACAUUGUUGAUAUAUCUGGCGUUGGUUUGACACAGUUCUGGAAUCUGAAGAAUCACAUGCAAGAUGCUAGCGUUUUGGCUACGGCGCAUUAUCCUGAGACUCUCGAUCGCAUUUUCAUUAUUGGCGCUCCUGCUUUCUUUCCUACUGUAUGGGGCUGGAUCAAGCGAUGGUUUGACCCGGUCACUGUUUCCAAAAUCUUCAUCCUUGGCAAGAACGAGAUUCUGCCUACUCUCACAAAGUUCAUGAAUCCGGAAGACAUUCCAAAGCGGUACGGUGGAAAACUAGACUUCGACUGGGGAGACCUCCCUCACCUCGAUGCCGAAGCCACAGCCGCCCUGUCCAAUGACGGCAACGACGGCUGGGUCCGUGGCCCAUGUCUGUGGCUGGAUCAGACCCGCGUCGUUGUGGGAGCAGAGAACGGCAAACUCAGGCGUAAUGUGCCCGAUGUCGACAAGAUGCGGCCCAUCGUCUACGCUGCUGACGACACACCCGUGCCCGUCCAUCGUGGUAGGCGGUCGUCUAGCAUCACGGCUGAGACUCUCAAGGAGAAGGUCAAGGCUGUGAAUGGCACCGCUAAGCUCGAGAAGAUUCAGUCUGCGAACGUUGUACCCACCACGGCGCAAGCCGCAAGAACGGAUGCUAUCCCAGCCGAGACGAACGUCGUCGCGCCUCCUGUGAAGACCGAGGAACAUCAGCCUGAGCCAGCCACUGUCCCGAGUGACGCAAAGGCAGCUGAGGCCGCUCCGGCCGUGGUGGUGGAUCCUCCAAAAAAUACCGAACCGACAGCCGUAGCAGAUGGAGCGGCAACGGCAACGGCGGCAGAAACAGCAGCUGCUGCCAACAUUCCACACGAGAACAUCCACAAAUCGCCCGCCGGAUCGAACGUGAACCUUCCACCUCCGUCACAGCAGCCGGGCUUCCCUCAACAAACCGCUGAAUAUAUUUCGUCAAGUCCCCCGCCCACGUCAGAUGGCAAGGCCAAGCCCUCGUCGCCGCUCUCUCAGUCUACGCCUGCAGAGACACCUGUUGCAGCGGCCGCGGCAACGACCGCGACUGACGCAGCCACAAGCAAGGCGACGGAUUUGACCAACGGAACCACGCCUUCCACGACCACUUCAGAUCACCCGCCUGCUAUGCCUCAGCCUGGACCAGCCGCGCAGCACACCGUCGCGGUCAAGGAUGCAAUUGCAGAGAAACUCGCCGCGGGCGGUGAAUCGAUUAGCGUCCUCCCAGCCGAAGCGAAUGGUGCUGUCCCACAUCCUGAGAUGAUCGUGAGCAGCGAUCCGAGCAAGGGGCUUGCAGUGGAAAGCGAGAAGGUGGAAUCGAGGCUAGGAAGGCCGGAGCCGCAGCGUUUUGUUACUGCUGCUGAAUUCUGA